AUGAAGUUCGCCCCCAUGAAAUUCUUCCGUCGGAGCAAGAAGUCGACGUCAGACCCCAAGUUGUCCAAGAGGUCACAACAGCAAGCCCACGAUGAUGUCGAGCGCGACAAGUACCGCCUCUACAACCCCCGUCACGAACAGCAAUAUAACUACGCCGCCGAGAGAGGUCGCGUCUUUGUGCACUGGCUCCAGCUGCCCGCUCCCAUUCUCGAGAGGGUCUUCGCCUUUGUCUGCCCCCAUAGCUGUGAUGAAUCUUACGAAAACUGCGAGAGGAGUGCCGUCGAAGAUGCCUGCAUGCUUUGUGAUCUACGCGACCUGGCUCAUGCCAGCCAGGUCUGUAAGCCCUGGAGAACGUCUGCCAUACAGCUCAUGUACCAUAGCAUUCGUAUAGAUUCUGUCCAUUACUGCGAACGAGAGAUCGACCUUUCCGAGAGGCGCAAACGUAAGAGUCGCUUCGACCGCAAUGGUAUCCCUGAAGACCCGGCUGGUGCCCGCUUGCAUCUGCUAUGCCGUACCCUGCGCGACGACCCCACCCGUUUGGGAAAGCUGGUGCAGUUCUUCAAGACCCCUUACAUGCUUCGAGAGUCGAACGCCCCUCUGCUUGCUAGGACUAUCGCUGUACUGCCCAACCUUAAAUACGUCGAUCUUCCUGAGGGCCUAUUCAUGGAUGACCCUGCCCAUCAUACCCUGAAGCUCGAGGUUCAAGCUAGGUGCCCCGGUCUGCGGAAAAUGACGUAUCUGGCCGGGAGCGAGCGCAGUCUCGAGACACUGAGCCGCGGCAGCGUAUGGCCAAACCUUGAAGUUCUAGAGCUAGGCAGGAUUAACAUGGAUCCUGCCGUCCUACGACACGUCUUCGCCGCCUUGCGAAGCUUACGUGCUCUCAAAGCUUCAGAUUGCAGGAUGCUUGAUGAUGACUUCUUCCGGUAUAACGAUACCCUACCAGCCUUCCCGCCUGUUGAGGAACUGGUCCUCACUGAUGUGCCUCGCAUCACGGCUAGUGGCCUGGUUGCGUACCUAUCUAGAGACGACGUCAAGCAUAGCUUGAAGGUUCUGUCAUUGUCAAAUACCGGGGUACACCCUACCUCUCUCCAUAAUGUCUUGGCGCACGCUCCACGUCUAGUCACACUGUCCAUCACUGAGCAAGUUGACUCUCCGUUCCCAUCUCACGGAGUUCCUAUUCCACCACUAACCAACUGGGCUCUCGAAACACUGCGUUACGAGAUUACAGCCUCUCCGGGAUCCUCAGGAUACGCGAGUACCACUGCCGGGUAUUACAAUUAUUUAGCAUCAUCGCUCUUUGCAGGUGGUCUGCCCCGCCUCGCAGCCAUCUACGUGCGGGACCAAACAUUUCCUGAUUUACUUCUGGGCUUGCCGCCACCUAUGCCCGGGUUUGCGGGCAGCCCACAGCGCCCUAGUAGCGCGGGCAGCACCGGCAUGUUCAAUGCAGGAAGCGGAGGCCUGUCGCCGUCGAGUGUAGGAGGCUUCAGCAACCCCGCGUCUCGAUUCAGUUCUAAUAAUCCGUUCGCGUCAGCGUUCAACGGCCCACGCGGCCCGGGCAUGUUGUCUCUAAAUCAGACUCUCGAAAUCUUUACCAAGGGUGAUGAUGAUCUAGACUGGGGCAGUACGCGUAUGGAUCCAUUUGAUGCCUAUGGUGGCGCUGGCGCUGCUCGAGGGCGACAUGGACGGUCGGGAAGCUCAGCAAGCGGGCGACCACUCAGCAGUUAUGGUCUAUCAGAUAUCGGCGCAGGUUGGCAGGCUGGCGGGGGGGCCAGAAUGAGUAUUAUACAGGGUGACGGUCAUGGUGGGUUUCUAAGUGUACCAGGUGAUAAUACGGGUGGCCAUGGACGCAAGGGUAGUACGUCGAGUUUUGGACAGCCAAAAGACGAGUGGCCUCGACCAAGCAGCAGCCAGGGUCCAAGGAAAGGCGAUCGCGACCUUUGGCGCUAA